UACAGCCGUUUAAUGCGUUCUGAGUUUUCCAUUAGCCAAGAGGAAUUAUUAAACGAAAGCAACGUUUGGUCGCAUGCAGCACCCACCGGUGAUGUAGAGUAUUUUGUGGAAGAAGAUUAUUUAUCGGAUUCCAUGAAAGAAAUAUUUGGUAAAUUUCAUGAACCCAUCGAACCGGAUGAAAGUCAAUUAGAUGAAUAUUGUGGCAAUUUUACAUUCAGAAAACAUGAUGUAGAAUGUUAUCCCAUUCCGAAUGCAUUAAAUCCAUGUGAAGAUGUUAUGGGUUAUCAAUGGUUACGUACAUCUGUCUGGAUUGUUGUCGGUCUGGCUGUUAUUGGAAAUGUUGCAGUACUCGUUGUAAUUCUAUCGAUAAAAGCCGAAACACCAUCAGUGCCACGUUUCUUGAUGUGCCAUUUGGCAUUUGCCGACUUGUGUUUGGGUUUAUAUCUGUUAUUAAUAGCUUCAAUUGAUGCUCAUUCGAUGGGUGAAUAUUUCAAUUAUGCUUAUGAUUGGCAAUAUGGUGCUGGUUGUAAAGUGGCCGGUUUUCUUACCGUCUUUGCCAGUCAUUUAUCAGUCUUUACACUGACUGUCAUAACAAUAGAACGUUGGUUGGCCAUAACACAUGCCAUGUACUUGAAUCAUCGUAUUAAAAUCAGACCCGCAGCUUUCAUCAUGAUUGGCGGUUGGAUUUACUCUGUUGUUAUGUCCUUAUUGCCAUUAUUUGGUAUAAGUAAUUAUUCAUCGACAAGUAUUUGUUUACCCAUGGAAAAUAGAGAUCCAUUUGAUACUGUUUAUUUGGUGGCCAUAAUGGCUUUAAAUGGUACAGCAUUUUUUAUUAUAGCCAUUUGUUAUGGCCAAAUCUAUUUAUCUUUGGGCGAGGAGACGCGUCAUGCUCAUAGUAAUUCUAGGGGUGAAAUGAGUGUGGCCAAGAAAAUGGCAUUACUGGUUUUUACAAAUUUUGCCUGCUGGGCGCCCAUAGCAUUUUUUGGUUUAACUGCUUUGGCGGGUUAUCCUUUGAUAAAUGUUACCAAAUCAAAAAUAUUAUUAGUAUUCUUCUAUCCUUUGAAUUCGUGUGCAGAUCCUUAUUUAUAUGCCAUAUUGACUUCACAAUAUCGUCAAGAUUUGUAUACUCUAUUAGCCAAAUUUGGCAUCUGCAAACAAAAAGCUUUAAAAUACAAAAAUAGCAUCUCAUUUCCGGGUACCACAAAUUUUACCUGUUCCGUACAACGUGGCUCUCUAAUACCAACUCAACAAAGUAUUACCCCGCCAGAGUCUCAAACAAUGUUGAAAAAUAAAGAAGACUUUGUAUGAAAAUGGACAAGAAUUAGGCAGGAAAAUAACUUUAAAACUGAUUUAGAAAUUGAGAUUGAAAUGAAUUAAAUAAAUAUAGUAUAAAGACAAUGAUGAUAAGAACAGUAACGAAGUAAUGUGAUGAAGUCCAAAGUAGCUGAAUGAAAAAAAAAUAUAAGUUUUUAAUAUAGAAAUUAUGAAUGUUUUAUACAUAAGUACUUAUGAUGUAAUAAAUUAAGAAAAUAUAAUAUAAGUGUAUAAAUGUAUGUAUGUGUAUGUAUGUAUGUAAGAUAUAUUUAUAAAAAUUUUAGAUAAAAUUAUGAGAAAGAAUCUUUGAUAUAUUGUAUUAAGGGAAUAAUUGUUUUGUGAUUAAAUUGACAUUAAAUAUUCAAGUUUCCCUAUUAUAGAAAGACAAA